AUGUCGACUUCACGCAGGCACGCACAUAGACGCCUACAAUGGAAUCUGCCUUGGGGGAAUAUCCCGCCUGAUGUACGAAUUGGAGUAGAUCGAUCGCAACCAGUUCAUGACGAUCUCGUUCCUUUGCGCCCGACUCUAACCAGCGCCAUUUUUCACUUUUACUUAUUAUCGCUGGUUCUUUUUCUUCAUCGUUCUAGUCUUAUUUUUAUUACUUUCUAUGUUCCAAUUCUUGUCUUUCUUUUUCUCUUUUCCUUUUUUUUAGCUCUUAUUUUCUUGGUUUCGUCUUUGUCUUCAUCGCCGCCAUUUUAUGUUUUUCUAUUUAGUUUCAUUUUUCCCCUCUCGAUCAUUAUCUUCUAUCCAUUGUCUGCUUCUUUUCAUUUGCCUUUUAUUUUACUCAUUUUUUCUUUAACAUUCGCAUUUUCUCCUCCGCCUUGUCCUCUUCUUUCUUUAUCUUCCUUUCUGUUACUAUUUUAUUGUGCUACUCUUCUACAUCCUAUUUUCUUUCUACACUACAAUUAUCCUCUCUGCGUUCCUCUUUAUUUUCUCUUUUCCUUAACCUGUUCGUUUCCCCCCAUCUCCUCAUUCCACAAACACCGCCACCAUUUCCUACGAACGUACGAUAAGAGACUAUUGAUUGUUACUGUUCCUGCCCCCGACCUCACCUUCCACAUCAAGCCAACCAUUCCCGUGUCUGUGACUACGUCUGAUAUUCCAAGCUCUCUCCAGACACACGACUGCGUUUGCUACUGCCACUGCUAUUAA